AUUCGCACGUGUCGUGUGGGAAUAGCACGUGGAGAAUAGCAAAAGGUCAGGCGAGGGAAGAUAGAGAGAUAUGUUACCGUCACUUGCGGUUGACAGAUGACGGAGCCGGAUUUUGCUUCACCGGCCAUCAUCCAUCGUUUAUAGCCACUGAGCCUCACACACACAUUAACCCUUUUCGUUUCUGACUCCAAAGUGAAGUAAAUUUCCAAACUUUGAACUUUUGGAGAUUGUGUUUCGUCUUCGACGUGAAGACUCUUUCGUUGCUCUUGUGUUGUGAGCAGGUCUUCUUUCUCAAAACCCAGGACUCACUCUCUGUAUAAGAAGAUGAAUGAUCCUUAGAAUCAUUCAAAUCUAUUGUAAAGCAUUCUAAUUGGGGCAAUAUCGAUUGAUCGCGAAUCAGCAAUGGAAUCAUCGAAGCCCAAAAACCGUAAUCCGAUGAAGAAACCUGUAUCCGUCACGAUGGAGCAUGUUCUAUUGGCGUUACGUGAGACUAGGGAUGAGAGAGAGAUCAGGAUUCGUAGUUUGUUUGAUUUCUUCGAUAAUUCGAAUUUAGGGUUCUUAGAUUAUGCCCAGAUCGAAAAGGGUCUUGCUUCGCUUCAGAUUCCUCCUGAGUACAAGUACGCUAGAGAUUUGUUUAGAGUCUGCGACGCCAAUCGCGAUGGGCGUGUGGAUUACCAGGAGUUUCGUCGAUACAUUGAUGCUAAGGAGCUUGAGCUGUAUAGGAUUUUCCAAGCCAUUGAUGUUGAGCACAAUGGCUGCAUUUUGCCUGAGGAGCUCUGGGAGGCUCUUGUUAAGGCCGGCAUUGAGAUCGAUGAUGAGGAACUCGCUCGUUUUGUGGAGCAUGUUGAUAAGGACAAUAAUGGGACUAUAACGUUUGAAGAAUGGAGAGAUUUCCUUUUGUUAUACCCUCAUGAAGCCACUAUUGAAAACAUUUAUCAUCACUGGGAAAGGGUGUGCUUGAUAGACAUUGGGGAGCAAGCUGUUAUACCGGAUGGUAUAAGCAAACAUGUGAAAAGAAGCAGAUUACUUCUCGCUGGAGGACUAGCCGGAGCUGUUUCUAGAACUGCAACCGCACCUCUUGAUCGUCUGAAGGUUGUUUUGCAAGUUCAAAGGGCACACGCAGGGGUCCUCCCGACUAUUAAGAAGAUAUGGAGAGAAGAUAAGUUGAUGGGUUUCUUUAGAGGUAAUGGGUUAAAUGUCAUGAAGGUUGCUCCUGAAAGCGCCAUUAAAUUUUGUGCUUACGAAAUGCUAAAACCCAUGAUUGGAGGGGAGGAUGGUGAUAUUGGUACAAGUGGGAGGCUUUUGGCAGGUGGAAUGGCUGGUGCAUUGGCUCAAACCGCUAUUUACCCUAUGGAUCUCGUGAAGACUCGGUUACAGACUUGUGUAAGUGAAGGUGGAAAGGCACCGAAGUUGUGGAAGCUCACAAAAGAUAUAUGGGUACGAGAGGGACCUCGGGCGUUCUACAAGGGUCUCUUUCCUUCUCUUCUUGGGAUUAUUCCUUAUGCAGGAAUUGACCUCGCUGCAUAUGAAACGCUAAAAGACUUGUCCAGAACAUAUAUUCUUCAGGACACUGAGCCGGGUCCUCUGAUACAGCUCAGCUGUGGAAUGACAUCAGGAGCUCUUGGAGCAUCAUGUGUUUACCCGUUACAGGUAGUAAGAACAAGAAUGCAAGCGGAUAGUUCAGAUACGACAAUGAAGCAAGAGUUUAUGAAAACGAUGAAAGGCGAAGGUCUGAGAGGUUUCUACAGAGGACUCUUACCCAAUCUUCUCAAAGUAGUUCCAGCGGCAAGCAUCACGUACAUUGUUUAUGAAGCUAUGAAGAAAAAUAUGGCUCUUGAUUAGCCAAUACGGUCUUGAAAUUUUCUCCGGGUUAGUUUAUUCUUUUUUGUUCCCAAGGGGUCACUCUAGGAGAUUAUGUGAGAAAAACAAAAACAAGACGAGAUUGUAACAUGUCUUCGGGUCGUUUGAUGUGUUCAAGACUCAAGUCUGUAAAACUCACAUCUCCAAAAAAGAUUUUGAAUGGUUAAUGAACUCACAGUUCCCUCA